AUGGCCGACUUCCAGUGUCCAGGGAUCAACAAGACCAUGAUUGCAGGGUCCACGGGGGCUCUGUUCACUGUUCUGUGUGGCGUGGACUGGCCAAAGGGCGACCCAGCCAUGACUGGCAAUGGGAACGUCGCUGAUCUCGGCCGCGCGACUGUUUACUCUCUUCAGGAAUGCAUCAACGCCUGCCUUAAAUCCUACGAGAAUUGCAAAGCGGUGACAUAUCAGGCCAAUCUGACCGCCUCUUUUGACGGCGAACAGGAUGGGAACUGUUGGUUCAAGGACCGGGCUGGCAAGUACUUCCCGGGCGCGGAUACUAGCGUCGCUGCAGUUUUGAACCUGUUGAUCAAGGAUGUCAGUGCGCCCACAGGUUUCAAGCUAAUUGGUAAGUGGGGAGUGGAAUUUUACAGACUCACAUCCAAGCGCUGA